AUACUUUUCAAUCGAAAUGCUUCGAACAUUUCAAGCUUGACAGGUUCGAAGGAAUCCUUCACGUCUCCAGCUAGCUGUCUUGAUCUUGCAGGCUGCAACGGCCGGCAAGCUGGCCGUGGAGUGGUAGUAGAAGUGCUGCGCAGCAUUGCGUGACUGGAGAGAAUGAGCUCACGUGGCCCGCUUUCGCAGAGCUUUCCUCAAACCAUACGACACUCUGUUCGUUUUGCGUCGAGGAGUAGCGAAAACAGCGCCGAGAGAAUGGACGAUGACGAGGAGGCACUUGUACCACAGGAGCAGGCCAAGCAAUCACCGAGGACGGUGAGCCAAGAGCGCGGCCCUCCUGUUGCCGGCCGCGAGAAUGUGUCAAGAAGAUACAAAUUGACGAUAGCUGGAUUUGGUGUUGCUGCUACAGCUCUGGUUCUGUUUGCUGCUUUCUCGCCAUCUUUUGUUGAUCAUGAUACUCACGACAUUGCAAUAUUUGGCAAGACUACGAAGCUGCUAAAGAUUUACUCCAGUACUACGGCCGAGUUUCCCAAUGUGGAGCUGUCUGUUGGUAAUAAUCUAGAUAAUGACCUGGGCGUACAUGGCCCUUACAAAACCUCAUCGGCCGAUGGCACUUCGAAAACCUAUCUCUGGAAGGAUGGGGCUGGAUCGGGUGUGGCGAAUAUGACCAUAUUUGUGGAUAGGAAUACAUCCUGUGUGACUGUACGUUGGCGUAGCUUCCAGUCGGACCUCUUCAGGCCGUCUUACAAUGACUGCAUCGCUCUGGGCAGUGACCAUUGGUACGGUGGCGGUGAGCUGUUUGCGCAGUACUGGCCGCUGGAGACCGGGGUCAGCAUGAACGCCACUCCUUUCUUGUCGCAUGAUGUCCUCAACACACCUGACAAGCCAGUGUGGGGCUCUGUGCUUGAGCCGCUGUUCAUCUCCAGCAAGGGCCUGGUGGUGCGCGCCAACGACUCGGCACCACUCUUCGUCUCUAUGUCUCCGUCACUGGAUGAUCGCGGCACUGGCGCUCAGCUAUGCCUGAUUGGCGAAUUCAACGAAGAUCUCUACCCCAACAUUGCCACCACUAGCGACGUUAGCUUAGAGUACUCGAUCUGUAUGAUGUCCGAUCCCGUCACAGCCUACAGACACCUAGUAUCGACUGGGUACCUGCAGAAGCCUAAGCAAACUCCAAACCUGGCCAUGUUUCGCUACCCCAUGUGGUCCACCUCGCAAAGCAUUAAAGACUUCAGUCCGGCUGCCGUUGCAAAUUAUACUGCCCUCAUCAAGAGACUCAAUUUCACGUAUUCCGUGAUGGAAGUGGACAGCAAGCUCAUGCAAAAUUAUGGUGAUUUUGUGAUCGAUAAUCGCACUCUGCCUGACCCUGCGAAGUUCUUCUCGGAUCUGCGCAAUGACGGGUUCAUUGUGUCGCUGUGGCAGUCGCCGUUUAUCAACGUCGGCUCGGUGAAUUUUGACUUUGCAGUGCGUCAAGGCUACUUAGUGCGUGGGUCCAACGGCGAGGUGAAUCUUGUCAGGUGGUGGAACGGCUAUGCUGGUGUCGUGGAUAUCACCAACCCAAACGCGACGGCCUGGUUUAUCGGGCAGCUGAAGAGCUUGCAGUCUCUGGGCGUCGACACGUUCCAGUUCCAUUGCGGCGAAGUCGAGUACCUGCCUCUGCAGCACAUCACCAAGCAGCCGCUGAGAAAUCCCAAUGAGUUCUCGCGGCGCUAUGUGGAGACGGUGACGGCUCUCAACAGAGGCACGGCGGUGAUACGCGCUGCGUACCGCGUGCAGCAGCUGGGCAGUUUUGUGGCACUGAUGGACCGUAGCUUUACCUGGGGUCUGGACAGCGGUCUGCACUCGCUUAUCACUGCUACGCUGACGUUCUCAGUUCUUGGCUACCCGUACGUGCUGCCUGAUUAUAUCGGCGGUGGUGUCGGCGCUGGCCAAUCAAUCAGUCCCGGCAAUCUACCCGAUCCAGAGUUGUUCAUCCGCUGGGCGCAGCUAUCGGCAUUCCUGCCGGCGAUGCAGUUUGCAACUCCGCCGUGGUGGUAUGGGGGCUCAGCGCUGGCACAGACAGUACUGGCACGCAGUCGUAAUGCUGUGGCACUACACACCGCCUUGUCGGAGCACGUGAUCGAGCAGCUUGCUCGGAAUGCAACCGAGACUGGCGAGCCGAUCGUGCGGCCCCUCUGGUGGAUUGCACCCAGCGAUGCUGUCGCGUUGAGAUCCAGCACGCAGUUCAUGGUCGGUGAUGCUGUGCUUGUCGCCGCCGUGCUGCAGCCACUAAGUCAAGCACCGACACAGAAAGUAUACGUACCGGCGGGCUGCUGGCAGCACUGCAACGGUACGGUGUUCACCAGCGCCCGCGGCUUGUGGCUGACGGAGCGCUUGUCGCUCGACAGCAUCCCUUACUUAUGCCGCUUGGGCAAUGUCGCGGCAUGUCCGGCGCACGCAAGCACGGACGGUACGUUUUGCAGUCAGCAGCCUUGUCGCUGAUGCUGUGUUUAUUUUUAGGUUAUUGUCACACGACGUUUUCAUACCCUUUUGGCACUGUUCACCCUGCCACCCUUGUGCAGCAUGAAACUAAAUUCUUCCCAGCUUGAUUUUACGAAGCCUAUCAGGUGUAUCAAUAAUGUAUAAACUUCAUACUUUGUCAUGAGACUUUUGUAAGGUUUAAUGUAGUCUCCGCAUGACAUGUGUUUUGUAGAUAUCUGUACCUUCUUGUCCAGUUCAUAUUGUACAUAGCCGUACGUGUACAUUUUUAAAGUCCUGUACAUGUUCCUGUCAUCUUUCUUUACUUCUUCUCGCUCUUCAGCAUCCAUGAAAUGAAUUCUUUCAUAUUUAUAGGCCACUCUCAGUGCGACUGCCAAUGGCUGUUGAGUAUUGUCUGUGUAGCAUUUAGAGUAGUACGGAUGUCCCUAAAUCAUUUUCUUCAGUAGCUUGAUUCGCAAAACCUAGCCAGGCUGUAGUGCUGCCACUUUUCAAGAAAAUGCACGGACACCAUUUUAUAUUUUCUCAACUUAAACGCUUUUGCCCUGUUGCCUGUU